CAGGAGCUGCCUUAAAGCCGCCACGAUCCCCUAGCGCCGAGUCCCAGCUCCCCCUGGGCUGGUGCCGCUUUAAGGCGGCGCCUGCGGCCGCCGGUCCCUGGGAAGAGGAACUGGGGCUAACACUGCCGGGUUGGGCUGCAGGGCCACGGGCAAGAGCCGGGCUCGCCUAGGCGCGCUGCCCCGACCCUCCUCCGGCGCCGCUUGCUGCUUCGGGACGGGGCUGGGCAGCCAGCGGCUCUUUGCAGGGCGCGCUGCCUCGCCUCCCCGCAGCGGGCCAGAUGCGCCCCGCGCCGCGCUCCCUGGCCCCGGCCGUGCCCCGCGCAGCGGGCCAGAUGUGCCCGGCGCUGCGGGGGCCGGGGCAGCCCGGCCCCUCCUCUUAGCGGCCGCUUGCGGGCAGCUGCAGCGGACGGAGAGGGCGGAAUUUCUUCUGCGCCAGGAUCCCCAGCCCGCCGCCGCCGCUCGAGCCCUGGGCCGGAGUCGGCUCCCCUCGGUAGCGUUGCGGCGGCGGGAGAUGGAGCCUCGCGGCCGGCCUGGGGUGGGGGUGGUUGGGCCCCAGGUUCAGCGAUGCCCGUCAUGAUAGCCCCUUGAUCCGCUCCCUCCACCCCACCCCCAGCUCAGCCAUGGCUGCACUGAGCCGCUUUCUGCACCCACACACCCGGCACGGCGCCCCCUUCACAGCGCUGGGGCUGGGCAGGGCUCCCCUCUCCGGAGCCAGGUCGUGCAGCGCCAGGGGCAGGCACCUGCGCGUCUUGGUGGACAUGGAUGGGGUGCUGGCGGACUUUGAAGGAGGAUUCUUAAAGAAGUUCAGGGCCAGGUACCCAGAGAAGCCGUAUAUUGCCCUGGAGGAUCGCAGGGGCUUCUGGGUGUCGGAGCAGUAUGGCCAGCUGAGACCUGAGCUGAGUGAGAAAGCAAUCAGCAUAUGGGAGUCAAAGAAUUUCUUCAUUGAGCUGGAUCCAAUCCCAGGGGCUGUGGAAGCCGUGAAGCAAAUGGCCAAGUUGGAAAACACUGAUGUGUUCAUCUGCACAAGCCCGAUCAAGAAGUACCGCUACUGUGCUUAUGAGAAGUACGCCUGGGUGGAGAAGCAUUUUGGCCAAGAAUUUCUGGAGCAGAUUGUCCUAACGCGAGAUAAAACUGUGAUCUCUGGCGAUCUGCUUAUAGAUGAUAGAUCAGAUAUUACAGGAGCUGAGCCGAACCCCAGCUGGGAGCACGUUCUCUUCACAGCCUGUCACAAUAAGCACCUGCAGCUGCAGCCCCCCAGCAGGAGGCUCCAAUCGUGGGCCGAGAACUGGAGGGCGAUCCUGGACAGCAAGCGGCCACUGCACAGCUGGGCCAUAUAAAGCGACAGGCCCCUGAGGCUGCCCCCUUAGCUGAAUGGAACCUCGGUGCGCUCUGUGGUGUCCAGCUCUGGGCUGAAACCCACAGACAGACAAUUUUGCUGGGCAGAGUAAGGAGAGGGGCCCUGGCGGGGAGCGAUCGCAGCAGCACCAACCCCAGAGAACAGGGCCAAAGGGGGAUCGUGUUCAUUAAGCUAGAGGCCACUGGGCCAUGUGUGACUGGGCCGCCGUGAAGCAACAGAAGGAUUCUGGGCCCAUGCCACUACAGGAAGCCCUGUCUACUGUGUGUCCUCUUUGCACCCAGCUCUAUAUAACUCAGUGGCACCUUAGUACUGGCAUCUGGUGACACCAAAUGUAGCGUCUCCGAUGGACUCACCUCUCAGCUCAUUACCCGGCGUCCCCUGGACCGUGGUGCGGAUUAACUUUGGAAUACCCGCCCCCCCUAUCUACACUGAGUUGGAGCACUGGAUCAGCAGUUUGCCCUAGAGGACUGUUUGCCCUAGGGUUUGCCCUAGAGGACUGUCAACAUCCUUCCUCCUCCACCCAUCCUGACACAGAGGAGUGGUGUUCCCUUCCCUCAGUCCCCAGCCUGCCUCUUCUUCAUUCUUUGGCUCACCUGCUGUCACCACUCCAAGGGGAGCAUCUUCGUGCAGCAGCGUUCGCUUUUCCUCACAGCUGUGACUGUGCCUGCCGGGACUGCCUUGCAGGAGCGCAUGGAGGAACAUUGUGAAACGAGGUGCUGGGGGGCACGAUCCCCUCCAGCCAAGAGUGCACAUCGGUCACAAAUAGAGUCCAAGGGAAAGGUCUCCUCAGAGGGCCACCGCACAGAAUCUCCGACUCUCCUGCCUGUCCCAAGGGGUAAGGAGGACUCUGCAAAAAUGCAACACGCAGAGAGCGACAGAGAGCAGCGACCAGAGAGCAGCCACGGCCUCAAAGGGGAAGGGUCAACAUUCAGAGUGGGCAGCCUGUACGCUGGCUCAGCUGUGCUGCAUGUGGCAUGAGAUAGCAAGAUCCAGGCCAUGGCUAAGUACCCAUGUGAUCAGGCUGCAAGAAGACUGGCCCAGCAUCAAUAUGCCGAGGAUGGCGUUCCCGCCCCCACCAUGGCUCUGGCAGUAGUGUCGGGUGAGGGGAGUGUAGACAGGGCCAGCUUUAGGAUUCUGGGGGGUUCCCCCUGAAACAUUCCUUUAAACUCAACCUACUCUUAUCAAAGUAGCCUCCUCCCAAGCUGGUGUAGUAUGGUUCUGUCACGACCCAUCUUCCUCAAACAUUGACAGAGCGACACAACAAUGCCUGAAAUUCAGGGGAUGUAAUUAUCCUGCAACCUGGGCUGGUGAAAAUCAGGGACACGUUACUGAUUGGAGGACAGGGGCAACCCCACUUUGAUCAUCAGGGACCUGCAUCAGCUCGGCGAUGCCGAGGGGCUCAAACUGAUUUUGGAUGUAACCCAGCAGCACCGUCUUUAGAAAGGGCUCGGAUGGCGGCUGUGCGUUGGCGGGGGUCACUGUAGGGGGAGAUGAACGUUCGCAACUCCUCCCUAGGGCUUCCUCAUUCCAGAUGAGUGAGGCAACAACUCUGGCCCAACAUUUACUUCCCCCAGAGAUCAUAGGUACUGGAACAAGCCGCACCCACUGGCUUGAAGUGGUUUCCAUUGUACACAGGGUUUACAGUUUAGUUCAAUGGCUCUCAGCACCCCCACUAUAAAAAUGGUUCCAGUGCGCCUGCAAUAGAUUGGGGAGCCCCUAACUAGCUUGAAGUUAUCCAUGGGCUAUCACUUCCCCUCCCCCCACAGUGGUUUUGGAGGCUCUUCUCCCCUACUCAAGACUUUAUUCCUGGGAUGGUUGGGGUUCUCUGUCUCAGCUGUUAACUCUCGAGUGCAGCCCCUUGAGUUGAGAUAGUCAGUGUCACGCGACUGGCAUGCCUCUCACAGCUGUGCCGCACAUCAACGACCAUUGUUCAACUGAAGCACCAACAAGUGGCUCUGCCAUCCCAUUAAUCCUUUCUCCAUAGGCUGGCUAUUAGGAAUGGGCAAGCUAAUGGGGCUGAGAAGAGAGAGGUGGAUGAAAUAGGCAUGAUCUAGCCCGAGAGGUGCGGUUAGCAGCCUGAGCACAUGAUGGGGAGCCAGGAACUCAUGGGUUUUCGUCCUGGCUCUUCCAAUGAUCCAAGUUACAGGCAAAUCACUUUGCCUCCCUGUGCCCCGGCUUGUAUAAUGGAUACGUCAGUACCUCUUGGGGUGAGGAGGGGCUGGAACAACAGCCAGCCUCUAAAUCUUUGAGGUGUGUAGGCUAUUUCCUACACACAUUGGGAAGAGAGGGUGAGUGGAGGAACGAAGCUAAAAGACAUUGCGGUAACCACAGUUCAUCACCAGGUGCCCGAGUGUGCUCUUUGGCACUGAAAUAAUUGACCAGAAGCACAGUUCGGAGGGCCCAGUGACCAUACACAUUGAUAAAGCCAGAGCCUGGGUGGGCCUCAGCAUUGGAGAUCCACCGCAGAAUGGACAGAACCUGCCAUUGCAGUUGGAAGAACAAAAAGCUCAAGGCUGCGCUCGUUGGUAUCUCUCCUCCCUCCAUCAGACAUCCAGAAAGCAGAGGGCCCUGCCAACACCACAGACCUUUACUACAGGCCUGCUGUCCUUCAGAGAGGGGCUUCGUUAAGUGGUGCAGAACGAUCUCCUCGGAAGCCCCUUCCCUCUGCCAGGCUCAUCCCGCUCUGUGUCCGGAACGUAGGUUACCACUUCUGAGACCCACGGGCAUUGCCUCCUGCCAGCAGAGUCCGGCCAGCCAGCAUGCGCAUUCCACACAAUACUCUUGGCAAUGAAAAGGAGAAUCUCCCUCCACCACCCAAGAAUGGGACCUGUGGGUUCCCCUAAGCUAAAGGCUCCCAGGCAGGAGGGCCGCCAAGUGUUUUCAACUCUUGGCCCUUUGCCUGCAGCAAUCACUCUUCCCUGCAAUCAAUCUUCACACAUUUGGAUUCCCAACCUCUCUCCUUAGCAAAGCUGUAAAAAGCAGGUAAAGCCUGAAACCACAUGGUGCAUGAAAAAGCUGUUUCCCUGAUUACUGCGCGGUUGGCGUUAAGCUCUUACCGAGAUCUGUAGGACCUGGACAUUGCACUGAACAAAGAUGGUGCUUCAGGAUUUUGCCCUUCCUCAGCUUUUACCACUGGGGCCAAACCCCAAGCUGUCGUGGGGAGCCAUAACUGCUGCUUGGGGAUUGCGAACGCUCACGUCUCCCGGGGUUUGAGCCCCUGUCUGCAGUGGGCGUUCUGCCUGAGGGAGGGCUGCAGGGUUUGGUCCAGCUUGUGUGUGUUACAGACUGGAAGGGCUGCCUUAAAAUUUAAACCACUGUGUACAUGCCUGGGGUGAUCAAAUGGGUAUUGUAGCGGCCUGGGGCCCAGCAAGGUCUAGACAGCUGUUGCUCAGUCUGAGCAGCCCUUUAGCAGCGACGGGCGGCAGACGGACGUAGCUGGUGUACCACACCCUCUGAGGGCAUUACAUUUUUUUCAGCACUGUGUUUGAUUUGUUAAUUGUCCCAGUUCUCCCUCCCAGUCCCCUCCACCCCUCUGGGUAAUGCUGUUGUCUGGAAGGGGUUCCUAGGGGGAGGACAGAGCUUACUCGGGGUUACAGCUGCUAUUCAGCAUUAUGGCCCUAGCUGCGAGUGUGACUUUGCUUUCUCAUUGGUUGGUUAUUUUUUCCACUUUUGAGGACAUAAUAUUAAGAGUGAAAUCAGGUUGGUCCUGUUUUACAGUGCCGGCACUUGGAAGAGGAAGAUGUGUUUCCAGGGCUAACAGCCCUGUUAUUCUUCUCUCUCACACACAUAACGCGCACACCCCCAUCCACCCCUGGCUAUAAGCUGAACUGUUUGGACCAUAUCCUCAGGUGUGUAAAUCAGCAUAGCCAGUGAUGGUAGGGAAACAAGGCCAAUUUACACCAGUUGAGGAUUUGGUCUUUAAAAUGGUUACAUUGUUUUGCUCAACUGAGAUGCAGAGAAGCGGUUUUUUUAGAUUUACAGUGUAUAACAGAUCCACCCAGGAUCCUUGCACUAAAUAUUCAAUUUUGUUGUCAUUGCAGUUUAUAUAAAAUAGGGUUUUAAUAUUCCUGGUACCAUACUAACCGUGAUAGAGGAGCGAUUUUACCUCCAGGGCUCAGAUUACUCUGGAGAAGGGUCAUGUGGCACAAGCAACAUGUUACCGACCACUGCUGCUUUCUUUUGGCAACUACGUUCCAGCCCAUUCGAUGGAAUCCCCGUGAACGGAAAUAGGGCUGGUAGGAGGCCACUUCCUGUUUUGGCAGAGAGGUACGUAUCAUACAACAGGGAGGUAGGCAAUGCAAUCUCCUGGUUACAUUAUGGAACUGGUUGUCAGGACUCCUGGGUUGUCUUCCUAGUUCUGUCUGUUUGUCUAGGGUUUGGUACCGGGAUAUCGGAGCAUCAUUGCCACAGACUCGCCAUAUGACCUUAAGCAAAUCACUUACCCAUUCUGUGCCUCAGUUUCCUCAUCUGUAAAAUUUGGAUAAUCCCACCUACUUCACAGGGAUACUGUGAGGAGGAGCAGGAUAACGUCAUGUGCUUUGAGAGCCCCAGUCAGAACAUGCUCUGUAAUUUAUCAUUAAUGAUGUGCUUCCUCUCGGAUAGGCACAGGAAUCAAAUUGGGGCCGGAUGACCGUUUUGGGGCCCAAUCCAAGGGUGUUGUGAAAAUGCUGAUCUUUACAGCAAAUGCUUCUCAGUUCCCUGGACGUCAACAGAGAUGGGUCAGGACCACACCUGCUGAAAUCCAGAGACAUUUGUUUUUCCCAUUUCUAGUCACCAGUGGUGGGUGGGUGUAUAACAUAUUGUGCGUAUCCUAUGGGGUGUCUACUGGAUACAGCUGCUGUACAUGGAGAGACUGAGUGGGCAAAACAUCCUCUUCUAGCCUACUGAAAUGAGGAAACAUGACAGGUGGUGGCCAUCUGGGCCAGUCUGGCACAUCCCAGGGAGCGAUAAGGAGCGAGGCCAGAAUCUGGAAGGUUUUAGCUGCCUGAAAAAUACAGCAUGAGCCUGAUCCCAAAGCUGGUGGUGGAGACAUAUGGAAGGACUUGCUUCAGGGCCUAGCUGCUCCGCGAGGCACCAGAGAGUCUGUUGCACACGAUGAGAAAUGGGAUUUGCUUGUAAAACUAAAGGGUAAUAGUGCGGCUCAUGGGUGAGUUGGUGGUUGUUCCGCUCCCAGGCUGACAGGGCACUGAGCAGUAGCCCUUGUGUUGAUUUGACUGAAUUGGAGGAAGAGAGAGAGGAGGGGGGAGUUCUCCUUCAGGGUGUCCUGGUCAAUGGACCCCAUCUUGGCAGUUAUUAAACAGUUACUCUCUGAAGGGUGGUGGGCUCAGUCCCGACGGACAAGUGUCCACAUCACAGGAAGCCGCGAGCUUAGCCACUCCCUUGUUAGCAGGCGCCAAGGUUUGACUGUGCCCCGGGGACGGAACUCCCCUCACCCGUCGUGGCGGUAGCCAGGACUGAGGUGGCAGCAUGGAGGAAGGAUGUAUUAGUGCUGUGGCUAGAUAUCAGAGCCCAGCCAUCACGGCUCUCAGUGCAGCGCUAAAUUCACUUUAAAGAGAAAAUUAGAUUUGAGAUAGGGCUUUUUACUCUUCAGGCUCAGCAUCCCUAAUUAAAUAGAACAAGUAAUGAGAUUAAAACGAGGUUAGUCCAUUCCCAGGGGAGCAGAGAUAGUGGAAUCGAGGGGAUGUCACCGAAGGCUGAAUGUGCCCAUUAACCCAUUUUAGCUUUGAGAAGUAUGUUCCUGGGCAUUACCAGCCCUUGUUAUCACCAGCUAGCUCCAGUGACUGGCUCCAGGCCCCUGUCCUAAGGGCCAGAUUCUGCUCUCGCUUACACCAGGGUAAGGAGUAUCCCCUGAAGUCAGCAAUACUGCAGGGGUGUAAAAUGAGUGGGAAGCCAAGAUCAGGCUCCAUGGGUCUGAUUCUUAUCUCCUGUACACUGGUGUCAGUCACUGUAGUAAAUGGAGUGGCACUGCAGGAGGUGAGAUCAGAAUCAGGCCCCAGGUGCUUCAAGUCAAAGCCAGCUAGCCUAGCCGUGAGGCCCCACUGUAGGGCCCAUGGGUGUAUGCAGGUGUCUUGCCUUGGUUAUGUUGGAGAUUUGUCAGUUUCAUGUUUUGGGGCUGAGAGAAAUGAUAUAAAAGGGAUGUGAAAACAAA